AAUUAGCACAGUUUAGUGUUUUGGGACCCUGUUAAAGAUGGUUAUAUUAACUAGAAGCAUAAGGAGUUAAAAAGGAAAUCUGUGACCUCAUCUCUCUUCACGUUACACCAGAGUAUAAACUGCACUGAGAGAGAAUCUUUAUCUGCAUCAUUCUCUUUUAUGUUGGCAGCUAAUUUGCUUGAAAUUGAGUUCUUGAUUUUCAUAACAUUCGGUGUUUAAUAACUAAUUUUAUAGCAGUGGUUGUUAGAAUGCUACAGAAGCAUGCAGUAGUUUUCUUUGUUAUAUCUAUUCCUUGGGGAAAUGUCUCUAAUCGGAAAUGUUAUAUUAAAGAUCUAUUAAUCCUUCUUAUGUAACGGUGCUGUUUUUAUUCCCCUGUGGAAAUUUGAAUAGCAUCAAAGAUGACCAGUGAGAGAAAAGAUCCAUAGUGUGCACACGUUGCUGGCUUCUCAAGCACUUGCAUAACUGCGUGCAAUUUCCCUUAUUACUUAACGCUACAUGUUAAAUGAAGAGUGCAACUGCUGUCCCUUUAAUCUUAGAGUGAUGCACAUUACAAUAGGUGUCACUGUGCUGCUGGGUCCAAUCGUUAUCGGUGACUUCAGCUAUUGGCUCAGAACGCUGGCUGUCUGACUCCAUCUGCAGGGCUGUAAUACCUACUCCGUUCAGAUCCAUUCAACACACAAGUUCAGCCAGCUGAACAGACUAGCAGUGCUACAGCACAUCUUGCUAACCUGACUCAAAAAGCCAGUGCUAUAUAGCUAGAGGCAUCCUCUCUUUGCACAGGGCAGCACUUUCAAGUGAUCCAGUUUCAGGAAAUUUGGAAAAGAGCUUGCAAGCAAGUAACACUGGCAGUAAGGAUGGGGAUGUAUUUAACAAAUCAAGUACUGGAUCAAACUUAAAGCCUUUUUUUUGUAUUCAGUGCACUGAAAAGGUCACCUUGUCUUGCUGAAAAAGAAGCAAAAUCUGAGCUUUGCUGCUUUUUAUUUAACAUCCUAGUUCCCUCUUAAAUUUUCUUAAUGUUCUUAUUUAGUUAGGCUAUCUAGCUAUUCAGACAAGGAUACUCAUGGUAGAUGAUAAGGGGAAGAACAUGAAAUGUCUUACCUUCUUCUUGAUGCUUCCAGAGACAGUGAAGAACAGGUCCAAGAAAAGCUCUAAGAAGGGAAAUAGCAGCAGCAGCAGCAACAGCAGCAGUAGCAGCAGUAGUAGCAGCAAGUUACCUCCAGUUUGCUAUGAAAUCAUUACUUUGAAGACCAAAAAGAAGAAGAAGAUGGCUGCUGAUAUUUUUCCCCGAAAGAAACCAGCCAACACUAACACAACUGCUGUCCAGCAAUACCACCAGCAGAACCUCAACAACAACAACACUAUUCCAGCCCCCAACUGGCAAGGGCUCUAUCCCACCAUCAGAGAGAGAAAUGCAGUGAUGUUCAACAAUGACUUGAUGGCAGAUGUUCAUUUCGUGGUUGGACCACCAGGUGCGACCCAGCGGUUGCCAGGACACAAAUACGUCUUAGCUGUUGGGAGCUCUGUAUUCCAUGCAAUGUUUUAUGGAGAGCUUGCUGAGGACAAAGAUGAAAUCCGUAUACCAGAUGUUGAGCCUGCUGCUUUUCUCGCUAUGCUGAAAUAUAUAUAUUGUGAUGAAAUUGACUUGGCUGCAGAUACUGUUCUGGCCACACUCUAUGCGGCCAAGAAGUACAUCGUCCCUCACCUUGCCCGCGCAUGCGUCAACUUCCUGGAGACGAGUCUCAGUGCAAAAAAUGCCUGUGUGCUUCUCUCCCAGAGUUGCUUAUUUGAGGAACCUGACCUAACCCAACGCUGCUGGGAAGUGAUUGAUGCCCAGGCAGAGCUGGCUUUGAAAUCUGAGGGGUUCUGUGACAUUGAUUUCCAGACGUUGGAAAGCAUCCUCCGCCGGGAAACUCUGAAUGCCAAAGAAAUUGUGGUUUUUGAAGCAGCCCUUAACUGGGCCGAAGUCGAGUGUCAGCGACAAGAGUUAACUGCUACCAUAGAGAACAAACGCAAGGUCCUAGGGAAGGCACUCUACCUGAUCCGCAUCCCUACUAUGGCACUUGACGACUUUGCAAAUGGUGCUGCUCAGUCAGGAAUCCUGACUCUCAACGAAACCAAUGAUAUCUUCCUUUGGUAUACGGCAGCCAAAAAGCCAGAGUUACAGUUUGUGAGCAAACCCAGGAAGGGCCUCGUUCCCCAGCGGUGCCAUCGCUUCCAGUCUUGUGCUUACCGCAGCAACCAGUGGCGUUACCGCGGCCGGUGUGACAGCAUCCAGUUUGCUGUUGACAAGAGGGUUUUUAUUGCAGGCUUUGGACUGUACGGCUCCAGCUGCGGAUCGGCAGAAUACAGUGCAAAGAUUGAACUCAAACGGCAGGGGGUUAUUCUAGGACAGAACUUAAGCAAGUAUUUUUCGGACGGCUCGAGUAACACUUUCCCUGUAUGGUUUGAGUAUCCCGUGCAGAUCGAGCCCGACACCUUUUACACAGCAAGUGUCAUUCUGGAUGGUAAUGAACUUAGUUAUUUUGGACAAGAAGGAAUGACAGAAGUUCAGUGCGGAAAAGUAACUGUGCAGUUCCAGUGCUCUUCAGACAGUACCAAUGGCACCGGCGUGCAGGGGGGACAGAUUCCAGAACUCAUAUUCUAUGCCUGAGCAAAAGUGUCUUGGGACAGAGUUUGAUGGGAAGUACGUGUCUGGUUCAGACCCAUUGAUGCUUGUAGCUUGUUAUCUGCAGAUAUGUGACCAGUACAGGUAAAAUGUCACUAAAUGCUAUGGACAGUUACUGCUUGCUGUACUUGUGGCUUGGAUGAUGAGGUUUAAAUAUACUUAAGUGUAAGUGGAAGCUGUUAAGAGCCUGUGUAUGAGAGUUGGGUGUGCCUACACCCAUGAUUUCCAGCCUUGUUUGUUGGUGCACCCACGUUUGCAAUAGACCAGGAGGUGAAUGCUCUCCCUCAUGUCUCUUAGGGACCAUGCCCCAGCAUGCUAAGUAAUGUCUUUUUGGUCCGUUUUCUCCUCCUGUCGCCAUUUUUUCCCAUUUUUGUAUUUCAGUUCUCAGUUGUUCAUUUGUUUUUGCUCUUGUAGAUUCCCACUCUCCAGAAGGCUCAGACAGAAGAGGGCUCCACUGGGCUGCUCGUGUUCUUGUCGCUGAGCCAAGAGCUGCCACAGAAGCAGAGAUAAAGCAGUGCAGCUAUGUAGAUGUGAGAUCCUUUGCUGGCCAACUUUACUAGGGGUAGCUGCAGGAGAAGAGGAAAAGGGUGGGUGACUGGUAUACCCAGGGAUGUAAGGCCACCUGAGCAAUGGAGAUGAAACUGGGCUCCAACAGUUUUUUUCCUACCAGCAUCCCUUAGAGCUCAUCUGCUUAAGUCAGGAAAAUACUUGUGUACAAACCACCUGUAUAGGCCAGGGGUUGGAAACCUUAUGACCUGUGGGCAGGAUCUUGCCCAUAGAGUGGGGGCAUUGCCCGUGCUGCUCCUGGGCACUUUGCCCAUGCCAUAUCAUGGCUGGGUGACGAGGGAAGCAGCCAUGUGGAGAGUGACAGCAGCAGCAUCUAGGUCCUAGCUACAACCCACCUUCAACCUGAACUGGAUCUUUCCAGCCUGCUGCCAGAAUACUUUGCUGACCCCUGGCAUAGGUUGUUUUAAAUAUAGCUCAUUUCACUACAGUCACAGAGUUGUUUUUUAAAUCACUCUUAUUUGAAUAAUUGCAAAAUAACUGGGUGAUGACAUCUAGCAUACAACAAGGUUAGAUAAACUUAAUAUGUAAUUGUUUCAAAAUGUCCCAAAGCUAUUUUGAGCGGGGAUUUCCCCCCUACACUAUGAAAGGAGGCUUUGGGUAAUUAUUGUAUAGAAAUGAAAGAAUGUAAUAGCCCCCAGUUCAAUUUUCCUUUUCUGUAACAUGAACUUUACUUUCCUAUUGCCACACACAGUAACUCAGCUAAUGGUUAGGUUGUAACAAAAUUCCCAAGAGCGGACCAGAUCUAAUGGAGAGAACCAAAAGUUUUAUACCAAGAGAGGAGCUUGUGGCUUUCCUCUUAGCUUUUUUAUGUGUAAUCUCUUGCAGUUAGGUUUUGUUUUAAAUGUAGAAUGGAGGAUUCUGUGGUGCAGAAGUGGUUUUUUGUAGAAAGAAAACCUGAUUGGCUUUUCAGACCUCCUGUGUUUUUUGCAGAAAAAGGCUCACUGCUGUUUAAGAGGGAAGAAAGUUUGUAUACCUAAAAGAUGCAGAUGCUUUUUAAACUUGAUGAAAUAAAAUGCACACAAUGGAAAAGAAAAUCCCUUGUCUCAGGAUUCUGAAAGAUGUGUGUAAGGAGGACAGUAGCAGGGCAAUUUGCCCCACCUUUAUUAUACCUCUGAAAUGUGGUAUAUUUAUUUUCCAUGUUUUAAGCUAAACAACAGGACAAAGGUAGGGUCCCUGCUGUAUUAUUUCAACACAAUAAUGGAUCAUAACACAACAUUUAAUCAUCAGUUUUAUUAUAGCAGUGCUUUUCCCAUAUGCUUUCUUAUCGCUUACCAUUAUUACACCAAGUGUUCUCUGACUGGAAUCCUGGCCCCUGGCCAUCUUAAAGAGCCAAUAUGUCUCAGUGUAGUCCAAAACAUGUUCUAAAGUAAUGAAAACUGGAUUGAAGUAGCCUUCAAAAACUCCAGGGCUAACACCAGGCUCUUCUGUUAUCCAUAGAUGAUGAAAAGAAAAGCAAAGGGAAAAUUACUCUGCAAGAACCGUUCUCUUCACUCACCUUAACAACUAACUCUAUAUACAUAUAUAUGAUCACAUUAAUGUUCUUUCUGAAAUGUAAAUACCCUCAGAAGAUAUAGAAAACCAGACUCUUCGUGACGUCUGAGCAGAGAGGUUAUAUUAUGUUAGUCUGGAGUCAGGCAGAAGGUAAGACAGGCUGGCACAUUGGGUCUCCAAAAUAUGGAUACUAAGGCUGCUCCAACGCACUGUAAUUACAACAGAUGAAUUGAGUCUGCUGGAGCAUGGUAAUUACUGCACUACAGGAGACUGCAGUGUCAUGUGUAUCAGCGUACCCACGCUAGAAAAUGGUGGUGGAGGCUCGUUUGACAAGCUUUAGUUAAAACGCCCCCACCACUAUUUGGCAUGGGGUUGCUGAUAUAUUUGACGCUUCAGGUGCUUUAAAUGGAGCAUCUCCCAAAGCACCCCCCCCCCCCCCCCAGCAUCCCAAAGUACACAUUUAAACUGUUAGAGACUUAAGUGAUUCAGAGAGGCAUGAGCUGUCCCAUUGUACUAGUUGGCACUAGGAUUCUGCUCAGCUGUCCGGUCCUGGCAUUACCUGUCAGCUAUAAGUUCUUUCUUCCCUGAACCAGUUAAUUCAUAAAGCGCCACCCUGCCCAGCCUUCUGCUUGAGCAGAAUGCUUCCCCUGAAAACACUUGCAAAGAGAUUUUUAAACACCUCCAGUUUAAAAAAAAAUAAAAUAAAAAAAUUUAGAUCAGCAACCAAAAAUAAACCCGUGACGUGGUGUUAUGGAUUGGGGGAACAGUUACUGAAGAAACAACAAAAGAGAUUAAGAUUUUGUCAUGGGAUAAUGGCCCUCUAUGUUUAGGUGAUGUCUGAACAGAAUUUGAAUGUAGUUAAAAUAAACUUUAAAACAGGAAGAAGCUGAUAAGCUGCCCAAGUUUCCUUACAGCAAAUGAUUGACACAGAGGUCAUGGAUCUGUCUGAAUGAUGAUUACAUGGUAGACUGACAGUUGCUUAUUGUAAUAUUAAAUAGCUGCGUGUGCCUAUCCCAGCAUACUGUACUGGCACAGAGAAGCUGGUCUCUGACUGAUUCCUGUGUUACUUAUUUUUAUUUGAUUUUAUUUUUAUUUUUUACUUGUAUGCAAGUAAAGGUUAGCCAUCGACUAAACUGAUUGGCUGGAACAGAUAGUUAUGGGACCAUAAUAGUGCAUUGCUGUAAUAUGUAGGCAAUGAGCUUUUAUUUAUUUCAGUUUUGACUCGUCUCUGACAUACUUUUGACAGGGUAGAAUGAAAGCUAUCCUUGCCUAAUUCCUCUGAGUCUGAGUUCCAGGUAUUGUUAAGUUUUGAAGUUGGUAGCCAUGUUCAGCAUUUUCAAAUAUGGGUGAAUAAAUGUAAGCACCAUAUUUAGAUACCUAAGUGGCCUAAUCUUGAGAGUUUGGCACUAUUGCAGUAAAUAGAAGCUGUGAGUGCCAGUCACCUUUGAUUAUAAGGCUGCUUUGUUAGUUGCCUAAAAUCUGGGCAGCUAACCUUAAAACACCCAAGUUUGAAAAUGUUGAUCUAUGUAUCAGAAGCACCAGUCACAUCAGGCUGGAAUAUAAGCAUAACUGACAAAGAAAACGUUUUGUAGAUGUUAUUUUAAAUUGUACCCGGUAAUGUUUGCUACUUGUACAUUGAUUUUUCUUGGCAAGGGGGUUGUAAUGUAAUAUACUUUAAGCAUAUCUGAAAUAGUAUUUAAGUACAUGUUCUAAUUUCUACCUACUUAUUGCACUGAACUGUUUUUCUUUUUUUAACUGUUGUGAUGAACUCAGCUAAUUUCAGGUCACGGCACGCAGUUGUGCUGGAACACUUUGACAUUAGCAGACUUACAGCAUUAUUUAUGAAGGACAGAUAUAUAAAUAUGAAGUACCUCAUGUUGAAUGUUAUUGUACUGUAUCUUUAAUGUAACAGUGCAGAUCUUGUUAGACUCAUGAAUGUGUAUAAUCAUGUUAAACAUACCAAUAAA